AUGGUGCUGCUGGCCGGGCCCGGGCCGGAGGGCGGCGGGGAAUGUUGCAUGUCCCCGCAGCCACAGACCCCACCCCGGGGCGCGCAGGUCGGGGACGACCCAGCUGAGUACGAGGAGUACGAGGACUUCUCCAGUCUGCCUGACACCCGCAGCAUCGCCUCGGACGACUCUUUCUACCCUCCCGGAGACGAGGAGGAGUGUGGCGCGGUGAGCUCAGUGAGCGCGCAGAACGUCCCGGAGGACGACCUGGAAGCGGCGACCCUCCUGCGCGCCGCUUGCGCUAACGAUGUGGGGCUGCUGCGGGCGCUGGUGCGGCGGGGGCCUCGCGUCGAGGAGGUGCAGGAGACCGACCGCAACGGCCGGACCGGCCUUAUUGUCGCCUGCUGCCAUGGCUUUGUGGAUACUGUGGUGGCCUUAGCAGAGUGCCCCCACCUUGACGUCAACUGGCAGGACAGCGAGGGGAACACGGCCCUAAUCACGGCUGCGCAGGCAGGGCACGCCACCAUCACCAACUACUUGUUGAACUAUUUCCCUGGUCUUGACCUUGAAAGGAGGAACGUUUUCGGCUUCACAGCCCUCAUGAAAGCUGCCAUGCAGGGCCGAACAGAGUGCGUCCGUGCCCUGAUGCUAGCAGGGGCAGAUGUCAACGCGAGGGACCCCCGCCGGGGGAUGUCGCCUCAGGAAUGGGCCGUGUUCACCGGCCGGGCGGAGGCCGUGCGCGUCAUGCAGAGGCUGCUGGAGCGGCCAUGCGCGGAGCAGUUUGGGGAAAAGUACAAGCCGGAACUGCCGCUGGCUCCCGACGCUGUCCUCAAGCCUGGGGGCUCCAAAAACUGCCUACAGAGGCUCGCCCAGUUCCUGCGGGCCACCCUGACCUCCCGCUCGGGCCACAGCCUGGAGGACGGGGGAGUGCUUGACCACAUGGUCAGGAUGACCACCAGCCUCUACAGCCCUGCGGUGGCCAUCGCCUGCCAGACCGUGUGUCCUGAGAACGCCCCCUGUGUAGGGAAGAGGCGACUGGCCGCAGAGAUCCUGGCAGCUAGGGACAGCCACGGCGCCCAUGCCCAGGACAGGGGCAAGGUCGAGGGCGCAGAGCUGCAAUUUCCGACCUCCGAGGAGGAGGCCGAAGGAAGAGCCGGUCUCCCCUCGUCCCACCAGCCGGGGGUCCAGCGCGCCACCCCCGCCCCCGGCCCGCGGAAGGCCAGCCUCCUGCCCUUGCAGCUGCUGCGCAGGGGCAGCGUGCGGCCCGGCGUGGUGGUCCCCAGGGUCCGCGUCAGCAAGGCGCCCGCGCCCACCUUCCAGCCCGAGCGCGCGGCCGCCAAGGGCAGCACCAAGGACAGCGGCCACCUGCAGAUCCCCAAGUGGCGGUACAAGGAGGCCAAGGAGGAGAAGAGGAAGGCGGAGGAGGCGGAGCGGAAGCGCCUGGCGGAGGCGCAGAAGGGACGGCGGGCGCCGCCCUGGAGGAAAAGGACGUGAAGGGGUCAAGGGCAGAGGUUGGGGCGGAGCGCGAGCGCAGGCCGCGCUGAGAAGGCCUGGCAUCGCGAUGCACCUGCGCUGGGUCACGGUCACGUGCCGCCCGACCU